AUGCAGUACUCCCUCUUCGUCGCGCUCUCCCUAUUUCUCGUCGCCGCUGCUGGACGCCCACAGCCCCUCAGCCGCCGCGCCUCGUUCACGCUGCAGAAUGGCCAGGAUGCGAUCGCGCUCAACAACAAGUUCGCGGCUCUGGACGCGAAUUCCGCGUGCCAGUCUGGCGAGGACGCGUGUGUGGACAGCAAAUUCGCACAAUGCGUCAACGGCAAGUUUGUUCUCCAGCAGUGCGGUGGCGGCCUCAUAUGCGCCGCUCUUCCCCUCGUUAACUCCCCCGGAACGAGUAUCACCUGCACGACUGCCGCUGACCGUGACGCGCGCAUCGCUGCCACAGGUGCGAAGAGUGACGCACAGACCAAUGCGUCCUCCGCCAAGGCCAGCGCGACCAAGUCGACCGCUGCUACCAAGACGUCCGCUGCCGCUGCCGCUGCCUCUGCUACCGCGAAGGGAGGCAGCAACACCGCGUCGGGCAACAACGGCAACGACCCGCAGACCUCGCUGACUCUCCUCGACUCCGUGAUCGCGAAGGGCUUCGCGCAAGACGGCCAGGCGCAGCCGGAGGCGGGCCAAGUCCCGUCUCUCACGUCCUCGAACAACUUCAUCAACUUCUGCGCGACGGUGCCGGACCUGCCGCUCACGAACGGGCAGCAGAUCAAGACGGGCUCGUGCAACCCCGCGCCGAUGGGCGUCAUCGCGGCGGCGACGAACAUGCCCGCGUCCAAGUUCGUGUUCCCGAAGAACAACGGCAAGGUGGCCGCGGGCCAGAACUUCACGAUCCAGAUGGCGGUCAGCCACCUAGCGACGGGCAACUUCGUGAACGCGAACGACAACUACUUCGCCGCGCCGCAGCAGGUGAACGCGCAGGGCGACAUCAAGGGCCACUCGCACGUCGUCAUCGAGCAGCUCGCCGCGCUGGACACGACGCAGGUCACGGACCCGACCAAGUUCGUGUUCUUCAAGGGCCUGAACGACCCGGCGGAGAAUGGCGUUCUGUCCACGGUCGUUGCGGGCGGUCUGCCGAAGGGCACGUACCGCCUUGCGUCGAUCAACACCGCGGCGAACCACCAGCCCGCUCUUGUCGCUGUUGCGCAGCACGGAGCUCUCGAUGAUAUGGUUUAG